UGAAGUGUAAUUGAAAAUCUAAUUAUUAUAAAGAAAAUAACGUACGAAUAUAUCGAAAACAAUCAGAAUAACUUUUCCAAUGAUUCGAGUCAAGAUGUUCAGAUUGGUUCUGACCGUUUCUUUAACUUUGACAGUUAUUUGUGGCACACCAGUUGCAGACUUGACACCGAAACCAAGGAGUUCAGUAUCCUUACUUGCUCAACUACUUGGAAUAGCAUAUAGUUCAGCAUUAUCAGGAUCAACAUCAUCACUUGGAUAUCCAGUACACAUAUACCCGGCACAAACAGUGAAUCCGGCACGUGGUUCAGCACUAUCAGCAUCAUCAUCAUCACUCGGAUAUUCAGAAUAUGGAUACCCGGCGCAACCAGCACAUCCUGUAUACCCGUGCACAUCAAUGUGCCCGAAUUCCCCGUCGUCCACAAUCCAGGUGACAGGCGGAGGACCACUUGGAUACCUCGCGCAAUCAGUAUAUCCAGGACAUGGUUCAGCACUAUCAACAUCAGCAUCAUCACUUGGAUAUUCAGCAUACGAACACCCAGCGCAAUCAGCACGUCCUGUAAACCCGUGCCCACCUACUGGUAUUUGCCGGGAUUCUCCGUCACCCAAAAUCCAGCUGACAGGCGGUGGGGUGUUUCGUUUAUAAAUUAUUCCUGAACAUUAAUUUACUGAAAUUUCAUUAUAGUCAGUGAAUCAAGUUGUUUCUUAUUAGAAUCAUUAUGUUCUCAAUAUCUUCAGAUCUGAUAUUUCGAAUAAAUUGGACAUUGAUUUACAAUUUA